AUGCCAAAUUUCCCCAUUUUUGGGUCCAAUCUCCCCCAUUUCAGGCCAAAUUCCCCCUUUUCAGCUCCCAUUCCCCCUUUUCCCCUACUUUCCCCAUUUCUUCACCUCCUCUCCCAUUUCCACCCCAUUUCCUUCCCCCCUUCUUUUCCACCCUACAACUUUCGCAUCCCAUUUUCACCCAUCCAACCCCAAAUUCCCCCUCAUUUUUGCUUCCAAACCCCCAAAUUUCCCCUCAUUUUUGGUCCAACCCCCCAAAUUCCCCCUCAUUUUGCCUCCAAACCCCCAAAUUUCCCCUCAUUUUGCCUCCAACCCCCCAAAUUCCCCCUCAUUUUUGCUCCAACCCCCCAAAUUUCCCCUCAUUUUUGCUCCAACCCCCCAAAUUUCCCCUCAUUUUGGGUCUUCAUUGAGUUUCAGUUGGGUUUCAUUGGGUUUCAUUGGGAUUUUUGGGGGUUUCUCUUCAUGUUGGAUUCAUUUUCCAGUCUUGGUUUCUUCCUUUUUGGGGUUAUUUAUGGGGUUUUCUCCCUUUUCUCCCUUUUUCGGGUCAAAUUUCCCCUUUUUCGGGUCAAAUUUCCCCUUUUUUGGGUCAAAUUUCCCCUUUUUUGGGUCAGAUUUCUCCUUUUUUGGGUCAAAUUUCUCCUUUUUGGGUCAAAUUUCCCCUUUUUCAUGUCACAUUUCCCCCAUUUCAGGUCAAAUUCCUCCUUUUUGGGUCACAUUUCCCCAUUUUUGGGUCAAAUUUCCCCAUUUUUGGGUCAAAUUUCCCAUUUUUGGGUCAAAUCUCCUCUUUUUCAGGUCAAAUUUCUCCUUUUUUUGGUCAAAUUCCUCUUUUUUUGGGUCAAAUUCCUCCUUUUUGGGUCAGAUUUCCCCAUUUUCAUGCCAAAUUUCCCCUUUUUCAUGUCAGAUUUCCCCUCUUUCAGGUCAGUUUUCUCCCUUUUGGGUCAAAUUCCUCCUUUUUCAUGUCAAAUUUCCCCAUUUUCUGGUCAGAUUUCUCCAUUUUCAGGUCAAAUUUCCUCUUUUUUGGGUCAAAUUUCCCCUUUUUGGGUGAAAUUUCCCCUUUUUGGGUCAAAUUUCCCCUAUUUCUGGUCAGAUUUCCCCAUUUUGGGGUCAAAUCUCCUCUUUUUCAGGUCAAAUUUCCCCUUUUUCAUGUCAGAUUUCCCCUAUUUCUGGUCAAAUUUCCCCUUUUUUGGGUCAAAUUUCUCCUUUUUGGGUCAAAUUCCUCCUUUUUUGGGUCAAAUUUCCCCUUUUUGGGUCAAAUUCCUCCUUUUUCAGGUCAAAUUUCCCCUUUUUGGGUCAAAUUUCCCCUUUUUUGGAUCAGAUGCCUCAUUUUUGGUUGAAAUUUCUCCUUUUUUUUGGUCAAAUUUCUCCUUCUUGGGUCAAAUUUCCCCCAUUUUCAUGCCAAAUUUCCCCUUUUUCAUGUCAAAUUAACCCUAUUUCUGGUCAAAUUUCCCCUUUUUGGGUCAAAUUUCUUCUUUUUUGGGUCAAAUUUCCCCAUUUUCUGGUCAAAUUUCUCCUUUUUCGGUCAAACUUCACCUUUUUUGGG